AUGGUGCUAAUGGAUACCUCAUCAGAGACACGUGCUUGCACCAAAUGUUUCUCUGCUUCAGCAUCCAUUGGCUGGGGUAACCAUUCGUUCUUGUCGUUUACUAAGCUCCAUGAUGCUUCUAAGGGAUUCCUUGUGAAGGAUACUUUGAUUAUUGAAGCUGAAGAAGGCACCAAAUGUUUCUCUGCUUCAACAUCCAUUGGCUGGGGUAACCAUUCGUUCUUGUCGUUUACUAAGCUCCAUGAUGCUUCUAAGGGAUUCCUUGUGAAGGAUACUUUGAUUAUUGAUGCUGAAGUUAGUGUCUUAUCCACAGUGAAUAAUUUCUCCAAGAAAUUAUCUUUUUACCCAAAUGGUGAUAAAACAAGAAAAGGGGAAGGACAUAUCUCUUUGUACUUGGUAAUCGCAGAAACUAGUAAUUUACCUAUUGGUUGGGAGGUCAAUGUGAACUUCAAAUUGUUUGUGUAUGAUAAAAUUCAAGACAAGUACAUGACCAUCCAAGAUGCCAAUGGGAAGGUAAGACGCUUUCACGGGAUGAAAACAGAGUGGGGUUUUGCCCAAUUACUCCCACUCAAUACUUUCAAUGAUACUGAUAACGGAUACCUCACUUGUGACACAUGCAUUUUUGGAGCAAAAGUUUUUGUUAUAAAUUAUACUAGCAGAGGACAGUCUAUAAACAUAUUGAAGGAACUUGACUGUACUUACACCUGGAAGAUUGAUAAUUUCUCGUCUCUAGACGGUCAAAUUCAUUACUCUGAUGUCUUCACUUUUGGAAAUCGAAAGUGGAAUUUACAGCUAUAUCGCAAAGGAGAUUUAACUGCAAAAGAUAAAUGCAUGUCCCUCUUUUUAGGGUUAGAUGAUUUGAAAACCUUUCCUUCUGAACGAAAAACAUAUGCAAAAUACAAGAUGUGCAUAAGGAACCAAUACCAUGGCGAGCAUAUAGAAAUUGAAGGUUUCGAUUGUUUUACUUCAAGCUCCAUCUCUUGGGGUACAUCUUCGUUGUUGUCGUUAACUGACCUCCAUGAUGCUUCUAAGGGCUUCCUCGUGAAUGAUACUUUAAUUGUUGAAGCCGAAGUUAGCGCCAUAUCCACAGUGAAGAAUUUCUCUGUGUAA